CCCAUCAAGCAACUGUCAACUUUGAUGUUUUCACUAGUAUUGAGGUUAUAAAUUUUGGGGGGCCCAGUAAACUCUUUCCGAUUGGUUUCAAUGUCCAACCAUGAUCGAAAAUGCUGCCAAUUUUACGCGCACCUACCAAAUAAAGCCCUCGAUUUUCGAAGUGUUGGCUCAACAGUCCCUGACCGAUACCUUGUACCCAGCCCUGCAGAAAGUUGCCCUUUUUCUAUCAGCAAAAUUUCCCGAAAAACUCGGAUUUUUGGACGCUUAUUACAAUGAGGCUUUCCUAGCUCUCAGUGGGUUGUUGCAGUUUUAUUAUCUUAAAAACCACGAUGGGUCUUUCUCUGAAAACUUCUACGGUUUGAAAAGGGUUUUGGUUGAUGACGAGCCACUAAAGCAUCAUGAAAAGGAACUGUCCUUAAUAUUCCUAGUGCUAAUGCCGUACUUUAAGAGAAAAAUCGAGGAUAAAAUCCAAAUGUACCGGAUCGAAUGCGCUGAGGGCUGCAUAAGAAAUGACUUUGAGCGCAGAUCCAAGCAAAUCGUCAUUCGCUCCCACUCAGCAUUCGAAGUGGCUUGGAGUCUUCUUGCUCUCAACAAUCACCUGCAAUACAUGGCGGGAAAAACCGAAUAUCCCCAACCGCUGUUAAACCUCCUCAAACUCAAGCUGGUUUACUCCAAUGAGGAACCCAGCUUGAGCUUCUGGGGCCAAGUCUUCAAGGGAAACCUACGAUUUUCAGAUAUUAGCGGCGGGUUGCUGAGGAAUGCGGCCAGUACGGUUUUGGAAACAACCGCAUUUUUCCUGCAAUUUCUGCAAACGUGGAGCGCACAAAAACCCAACUGUAGUAUAACCGAUUUGCCCAAAAUUGAGGCCCCUACGCCAGACAACAGAGCGAGAGCCUAUGGGGGCAAAUGCCCCCUUUGCCUUCAAACUUGGCGCAUUCCAACAGCCCUGCCUGUGUCCGGCUACAUAUUUUGCUUCCGGUGCAUCCUCAAACAUCUGAGUGAAGCCCAAAAAUGCCCAGUCACAAACUUACCAGCGAAGCCUUUAGAUAUCGUACGCCUGUAUCCGAACGAGUAGAAAAACCUUGUGGACAAGCAAGGGAUUUUUUACAAGUAGUUGUUCUGUAAACAACCAAGAUUUGAGCGAGGAAAAUAAAAGAAAACAAGAAACCAAAA